AUAUAGUUUUUCACAAGUAAAACUGAGUGGUUGUCAUGAGAGCAUGUAAAUACUUCAAACUGUAUUGAUUGCUUUAUCUAAUGUUGUUUAAAAUGUUUUUUUGUAAAUUAUCUUGUAUCUUUUUAAUUUUGUUGUUUAUUAAUGUCUGUCAUUGUUCUCAACGAGUGGUAAGUAUUAUUUUACAUUUAGUACUCCUUUGUUACCAUUUUUCCACAAAGAACUGUAGAAUAGAGUUUAGAUAUUCUUAUCAUAGCGACUCCCCUUUUGGAGCAAAGAUCAAAGUCAUCAACCGGCUAUGGGAUUUCAUUUGAAAAAUGUUCUUUGUUAUAUAUUCACGGAUUCCUUUAUGUAGUAAUAUUCGCAAAUGUAUUUCUUACUAACGGGGAAUAAAGCACCUUUCGCUUACGUUCUUGGAUCAACCCCAACUGUGGAGAAAUUUGCGAUAAGAAGAACUUAACCACAGUUUGGUUAAGAGCUGAUGGACUUAAUGACACGUUACAUUAUGUGUGGGACUUUAGUGGAAGUCCAUCAGUAUUAAUGGCAGUGACUUCCCGUUCUGCAGAACUUGAAAUUAAGUGGGAAGAGUAUGUACUUGGCAAAAGCAAGUCCUUAAGGUUCACAGAAACACCUCAUUAUACUUUUGGAAUAGUAUUAAGGAAGAUUUACGAAUUUAAUGAUAUAAAUGACACAGGUCUUAUAGACACAGUUGAUGCUUCCAAUAUAAAUAUUCUUCAUCCAAGAUCAUUUCGCUGGGAUCGUACAUUUUUUUCUAAGACAAACGAAUUAGUAGAACUACAUAUGGAAGGACACGAUUACAAUAAUGCAGAGGAUAAAAUCUCCCGGCGUGGAAAAAUAAAAUUACUAUUCAAUGGCUUUUGUUCACUGAAUCACUCUCACAUUACACCACAUAUGUUGCACUCUGAAAAUUCCACCCAAAUUGAUCUAAUAAUAGAUCAUUUGCAAACCAAUACCAGCUUUCUACAAAGUAGAUUUGCCAUUGAAGUUUUAUUAGUUAGUGAAGGAAAUAGCAACUCUACGAUGAUAAUCGAUGGCAAGAAAACUCUAGAUGAUGAGCAUACUCCAGGAAUAUUCGAGGUAGAUGAAAUUAGAACUCCAAACAAUAAUUAUGAUAAUGGCAUUCAGAAAAUGGGAGCUUACAUACAGUGGAAACCAGUAUCUUAUACUACUGCAGAGAGAGAUGUAACUAGUUCAACUGAUCUAAUUCAUUACCCUCUAAUUGUAUCUUAUAAUCACACAAAAGCGAUGAAGAACUCGUUGCUGUUUGCAUUUUAUGAUGAAAACGUGACUCAACUCUUAGUACAAAAGAUCAAUGUAUCUAUGGGUUUGAAAGGUGACCGUUUUUAUAAGAAAACCAAUUACACCACAUGGACUUUUAUUGUUGGUUAUGGAACGCCUCCAGAUGAACAGUUUUCAUAUCUGGUUAUUAUGAUCAUAUCAAUUGGAAUUGGAUUGCCUUUAUUAAUUAUGAUAUCGACGGGUUUAUAUCUGUGUGCACGGCGGUUUCGCAAUCAAGAUAGCAAUGUAUUAUUAAACAGAUAAAAUUUCUAGCCAAAGAAUGUGGAUCUUUAUCAAUAGACUUAGUGAUAACUUACAAGUUCAAGGUCCAAAUAUUGUAUAUAAAUUUUAGUUUUUUAAAAUGCAAAUAUGUGACAAAAAUGCAGAUACUCUAAGUACGUAGGUAGUGUUUUUUUACAACCUGGUUAUGAAUAUGAUAUUUUAUAUGGAGCUAAAGUGUUAUUAUUUAUGGAAACAUUAGACUCUGUGUUCUUAAUAAAUAUAUGCUUACUGGAGAAUUAUCUGUACAUA